CACCCUUCAAUCUUCACACCUGCAUCUUUCACCACUCUCCAACCAUCAAAGCCUUUACUACAACGUUCAUCUAGUGCAAAUAAAUCGCAACUGAAAUACCUUCUUACCUUAAGACAGGAACAGUAUGCGUCUUCAGUCUCAGACUCGGAAACUGAUUCGGUAGAAACUGAUUCAGAUUUCUAUACCGAUGAACUCGCCCGCUCAGCUUCGUCUAUUCGGAGACGAACAUCCUUUCAAUACAGUCCUACCAGGUUUUUUCCGGAUUUGGAUCCUGACUCUCAGGAGAAUCAUGUUAGUCAUCUGGCAUUUAUAGACGAACGCUCGCCCGAAUUCACUCUCCCGAAAGUAAAGCGAAAAUUACAUAGAGAUCUUGAUGAGGCCAAGUCGCGUGCCGACAGGUCUAUUCAAAAUAUACUCGAGCGGUGGUACGAGACACAACAAUAUAAAGACCAUUUAUCUGAAUUGGUAUAUGAUGGAUUGAGUGACGAGGAGGAUAAACCCGAACCUCUUGUUAUUAAGAGAAACCUUAGUCACCGGACGUUAAGUAAGCUUAUUGAGAAGACAUUGUUAGUAAGUGAUACAGACGAUGAGGCGGCAUUGGAAAAAACAAGAAAGAAGGGAGAUGACAGAACAUUAUUGGGAAUGGGAAAGGAUAAUAUUGAGAGCGUGUCAUUACCGGGAGAGAGGACUAAACCGAGGGCUAUAGUGAAUAGGAAAAAGAACACUGAAAGGAGAAUGGUGCUCUCAAAUAGUUGGCCGCCGUCCACGUUAGCCUCCUCACAUCAAAGACUUUUGGCACGUAUUGAUCGAAUUGCGAAGAGAAUUCUUAAAACCUCAGUGCAAGAUCUUCUUGAAUCUGACGUAGCAGUAGAGAUCAUGAAAGAGUUGCAGGAAGUAAUGGAAACACAGAGGAAAAUGGCCGUGGGCAAUGCAGAGGCCGAGGAACUUCUAGCAAAGUUAGUAUACAACUUUGCGGAUGUUACUAGAGCUGUUGAGGCCAUGGUGAGUAUCAGAGUUGAAAGUGAAAAGGCAGCACAUAGUGGAAUGGUGAUGAGGGGAAAGGAAAUGAGGGGAAAGGAAAUAAGACAUCAGUCAUUCACCCCUGAUUUAUCAGAAACAACUACAAGCGAUGGCCCUACGAUAGGGACGGAUUGGUCCUUAUUACAUUCUCCGCUUCCAUCUCCGUCCAUUCCAUUAACUCCUAUCACGCCAUCAUCAUACUCUCCACCAAUAAAUCUAAGACGUAACUCAUCAGCGGAAUCACCCGCAUUAUUAGCUGCUCCCCCUCCAACAUAUUCGUCUCCAUUGGCAAGACACAUGUCCAUUCCCUCACCAACACCAAUAUCGGCAUCGUCAAGAGCAUCGAUGGAACAGAGAAGAGCUUCCGCAAAUGAGGCAGUUUUUGAACUAACAGGACCAUUUACGGAUUCCCCACGCCCAAGCAUUGAUGAUAAUAUGCUGACAUGGAAUAGUCAGAUGAGAAAAGAAGUAGAGCAAAAAUUACACGAGGAAAUGAAUAGAGAUAUUGAUUUAGAAAUAUUAAAGAAGCGCGUUAUAGAUGGUGAUGGAGAUCAGAAAAAGAAAGUGAAGAAGUCAAAGCCUGCUGUCAUGAGCUUCUUGAAAAGUCUUAAAAAUGCCUUUCACAGCCCAACAGUAUCAAGCGGUAAUAGUCCAGCCGGAUCCCCAACGCGCUCGGCUACUCAAUUGUCGACAGUCCGACCCAAUCAUCUUACUCGUCCUCCUGAGAAAGUCCGUUCUCUUUCAUUUGACUCAUCGACGUUUUCACUUUCUCGUAAAUCAUCAGCUGUCUCGCUAAAAGACAAAGAUAACCCUGCUGCUGGAAGCAAUUCCUCUACACACGGAUUUUCUGAUGUUAUUCUCUGCAGAAUAUGUGAAGAGAUGAUACCAAGCUACGAGUUGGAGGCACAUAGCGAAACUUGCCGUGUCACUACAGAGUACGCAUUUAAGUUGCAUGAAUGUGAUGGGAAAUUGGGAAGACUGGUGCAAGACGUGGUAAAGAGAAAAGCUGAUAUCUUGGCAGGGGAUAAAAAUGGCUCAGUUCAAGCCUUUAAUAGUGUCAAGGAUGCCGAAGCAAUGGAAAACAUUGGAAUAAAAGCUACCAAUAUCAAGGAGACGGAUAAUCGAAGGGAAGCUCUUCGUAAAUGCGAGAAAUAUUCUAACAAGUUAUCUCGUAUUGUUGAGGACAUGGAAAAGAACCAAAUCAAAGAUGAACAUCUUCUAACUUAUGGGAAACGCUUAUUGCACGUUGUCCAAGAGAAAAAUGAGUCUCUUCGUCUGUAUUUCUCUAAACUUCGAACCACAAAUGCAUUGUCCGGCGUGACGUCGGCUGUAGUAGCUGUAAUGGAUAAAGAUAUCUCGACUUUACGUGCUCCAGCAAGAGACAAGCUCGGUCGCAAACAAUCGAUAUCUAGCAAGAUACUCUCGACGUCAGCACCGCAGAGAGCGAUAACGAUAAAUCACCAUUACGCCAACCGAGAGUUUAAUAAUCUGAACAAGGACAGCUUGGCAGCCCACAGGAGGCAAGAGAGCGCUGGUUCAGCCAAAUCAUAUUACAAUGAAGCUGCUGCAAUCCCUGAUGCUAGUCCGCCUGCACCGAAAGGGGGCAAGAAGCUCAUAUCUCUCUUUGCUGCCAUGCUCAGAGGCGGAAAUGCCCGAUCUCAGAAUACAAAUACAUCAAGAGAAGGUAAAGACAUUGUCUCGGGUGACAAAAGCUCUAAAACACGGGUUCCCAGCAUACAGGACUUUGAAAUAAUAAAACCGAUAAGUAGAGGUGCAUUCGGAAAAGUAUAUUUAGCUAAGAAGAACACAACAGGCGAUUUGUAUGCUGUAAAAAUAUUAAAGAAGGUCGACAUGGUACGGAAGAAUAUGGUCAACCACGUACUAGCUGAGCGAAGAGUCCUUUCGCUUUCGCGUACUCCAUAUAUUGUGAAGUUAUAUUAUGCAUUUCAGAGUCAGGACUAUUUGUAUCUGGUGAUGGAAUAUUUAAUUGGCGGAGAUCUGUCGUCUCUAUUACAAGUAUUGAGCACAUUUAACGAAGACAUGGCUCGUAUAUAUACGGCAGAAGUAGUGCUUGCAUUAGAAUAUUUACAUGCAAAUGGAAUAACACACAGAGACCUCAAACCGGAUAAUAUGCUCAUUACAGCUGAUGGACAUAUCAAGUUAACAGACUUUGGAUUGUCGCGAAUUACUCUACCUGAGAAAAAUCCAAUGUCGUUCUCGACUGAUAAUAAGCCAACCUCUUCGCAAAAGAAAAAAUCGUCUGUUAGUAGAUCAAAGAGUAGCGUAGAUUCACGUGGAUCAAAUGCAUCACAACAUCGACCAGUAUCAACAAUAUUUGCUGACGAGAACCUAAGAACUACGCAAGUAAACUUUGAACCUGAUACGAUCAAAGACAAACAGCGGUCGGGUAAUUCAUGUCUACAGAAAAGAGCUCACAGGCAAAGUUCGAAAGCCCUCCUUGGCACUCCCGAUUAUUUAGCUCCUGAAUUAUUGUUAGGUAUUGGGCAUAGUAGUAAGGUGGAUUGGUGGUCACUGGGAGUGUGUCUAUUUGAAUUCAUAUGUGGAUAUCCUCCCUUUAUGGAUGAUACUCCUGAAUCCAUAUUCAGGAAUAUUCUCAAUCAUAACAUCCAAUGGCCAGAAGAUGAUCCAAUUUCACCAGAUGCUGGGGAUCUAAUUACCAGGUUAUUGAAUCACGAACCUUCGGAGAGACCGUCUGCAGCGGAAGUAAAAGCACAUCCAUUCUUUAAGGAUAUAGAUUGGGAAAAUAUUCGUAAUCAAAAAGCUCCAUUUGUGCCUAGACCAAAUGACGAUCAAGAUACGAGUUAUUUUGAUGCAAGAAAUCAACGACCAGAUAUUCGCCGAUUAUCAUCUGGAAAUCUUGAUGCUAUAGCGAGCGGGAUAAUACCGAAAAGUGACAACAGGAAAUCAGUUGCGUAUGAAGAGAAUGCAAUGGAUGCUGUCAGCAUCGCGAGUGGAGUGGCAUCAUCUAAUUCGAGUGUAGUAAGCGGUGUGACUAACCAAACAACAACGCUCGACCCAUCGAACUCUUCUAAUCUUUCGACAUCAGUUCCAUCUAAUACUCGAUCCAAACCAGACUUAACGAUAAACACUCAUCUGAAGCCACAACGGUCAUUCUCGCGCAAGUCAUCUGCGCAGGAUGAUCCAUCAGCAAGCUUACAGGUGAAGCCAACCCAAAAGAGACGUCCAUCAUUACUAUUGUUGAAAUCGAAGCAACGAAAGCAGUCAAUCAGUUAUCAGGAUACAUCGUCUGCUUCAGUUACUCCCACUACUUCAACUGCCAUACCAUCAACAGCCACGUCUAUGACGUCUUCAUCGCGUAGAUCGACACGGGCAGAUAAUUCGCCUGUCAUGUUUGAUUACGAUCAACCGCAACACCUGGAAGAAGAUGACGAUGAUGAGUUUGAGUUAAACAGCCAAGGAAGACCGAACGAUGUUUGCGGGAAUGAGUUUGAUGCAUUUGUGUAUAAAGGGGUAUCGUUCCUGGGCGAUGUGAAUCAAAAGCUGUCAUCUGCAUCCACACCUAAUUCAGCUGCUGGAUGGAGGUUAUCGGGCGACGUCAGCGAUGAUGGGAAAGGAAAAUAA